AUUUUCCAAUUUCUUCCUCAUUUUAUUUUUUCUCUAUUCCUUCCCCUCAAAAUUCCAUUUUUUCAAUUUCAUUUCCAAAAAAUAAUAUUUUCACACCCGUGCCAAUGCAGUAUAAUAAAUAAAUCGAGCUGGUGCUGUAUGCGAUGCUAGAUUCUCCAAUUUUGUUCCGCCGCAAUCGAGCGAUCUGAGAGGGGUCAAAGCUUUCCGACUGCAAAAGCAUCGAUAUUCCGAAGUCGGUUUUUGAAAUUUUCCGGUUAAUUUUUUGUAGCUGGAUUGGAUUGGAGGGGGUUUGAAUUAGGGCAAAGUUCUGAAUUAGGGUUUCGGCUUUCUCAAGUGUUGGGGCAGUUUUUUGCUAUUCAUGUGAGUGAACUUCGGCAUUUCUACGUUUCAUUAUUGAUUUUUCUUUCUUCUGUUGCUGGGUCCAAUCGAUAAUUCCAUCUGGUUAGCUUUUUUUGGGCUCCCGGAGUGUGAACAGAGCAAGGAUUGGGCUUCGUUAACAAUCAAGUUGUAGAUAUGCCCAAGAGUUCGAGACACAAAUCGCACAAACAGAGCAAACGCAGCUCAAGGGAUUAUUCGGACUCCGAAGAGGAUGCAGUGAAGAUGAAAGAGAAAAGUAGUAAAGAUGAUUCUGUUCGGGCUCAUCGGGAUUCAGCAUCUGGUGAGAAGAGAAAGGUUUCAUCCCAGCUGGGGGAAUGCAAGGACAGUAAAGAUCUGAGCGGUCAUGGGAAUGGUGAUGGCUUGGAGGAUUAUGUUUCAUCCAAACGGCGGAAGGAGAAAACUGAUGUUGCUAUUGGCGGAGAUCGUUGGAAUGGGGGUGGAGAUGAGAGAGUGGAUGGGGACAAGAAUGCGGAGAAGGAUAUUCAUAAAGGUGAGAACUUGAAAGUAGAUAGUAAAGGAAAGGAAAAUAGUGGCAAAGGCGAGAGCUUGAGAGUUGAUUCGAAGAGUAAGAGUAAACGUUAUGAGAGCGGAAAUGCUGGUGAGAGGAAAGAAGACAUUUUGGCCUCUUCACUAGUAGACAGGGAGGAGAGUAAGAGCAAAGGGGAAUCAAAGCGGAAAUCUGAGAGGGAUUCUUCUUCUCGUAAAGAAGGGUUGAAGGACAAGGAUCGCAGGUCGGACGAGAAAAGUGGUGGUCAGGAGAGCAAGAGUAGUGAUGCUGAGGUGAAAAUAGUGGAAUUGGAUAUUGGGAAAAAGCAAGGGCCUCUGCCUGGUGAUUUUAUUGAGGAGAGACAGGGCACACGUGCUCGAGAAAAUACUGAACGUGUGUUACUGAAUGAGUUGCGGAGUCCUGACUUGGAGAAGGACAUCGAGAAAAGGAUACGCAGAAAAAGAGAAGGUUCUAGUGAAAGAGAGAAACAUUAUGAUGAUGCUAAAGAAGGUGGUGAGAGACGAUCAUCAUCAAAAGGUGAUCGUACCAAGGAUAUAAAAUAUAGAGAUGACAAGCACAAGGAUGGAGUGUAUACUGAUAAGUAUCAAGAUGAUGGCUACAAAGAUGACAGGCGGAGGGAUGAGAAGUACCAUGAAGAAGCUGAUAAGGAGUAUAAAUAUCAAGAUGAUAAGUAUCGAGAAGAUGGUGAGAAGGAUUCUAGACGUAGAGAUGAUAGACAUCGUGAAAGUGAUAGGGACAGUAGACGCAAGGAUGGAGAGCGGGAUAGUAGGCGGAAGGAUGAAAAGUAUCGUGAAGGCACUGAAAGAGAUGGCCGUCGGGAUGAUAAGUAUUAUGAGGAUGGUGAUAGAGACCGCCGACUCAAGGAUGAUCGCUAUCAUGAAGAUGAUGACAAGGAUAGUAGGCGUGGGGAUGAGAGGUAUAAUGAGGACGGUGAUAGAGAUGAUAGGCUCAGAGAAAAUACUUACAGCGAAGAUGUUGAUAAAGAUAUCAGGCAAAAGGAAGAAAAAUAUCAAGAAGACACUGAAAGAGACUCCCGCCAUAAGGAUAGUAAGCAAGGGGAUGGAUAUGAUAGAGAUAAGAGAACAAGAGACAUUAAAUAUAGGGAUGAACGGACAACACGAGAUCGGUCUGGUGAUAAGUUGGACCUUAAGCGUUCGAGGGACGAUAGCUCUGCUGGAGAUCAUUAUGUGAGAAAAUCAAGUGCAUAUGAUGAUAGUCCAACCCAUGAUGAUCGAGCAGCCAGGUACCGAGAUGAUCAAGGCAGGAGAAGAACUAACGAAAAAGAGGAUUAUAGCGAUAUUAAAUCUCGAGGUACAAAGGAUCAAAGAUCAGAUGCUGAAAGGAAGAGUACAAGCAGUGCAAGAAUGGAUUUGACUACUGAUAGAGUUCGGUCUGCUUCCAGAAAUGCUGAUUUGGAACUUACAUCUAGCCAUGGUAGACGGCGGAGUUCACCCCCAUCAAAUUCUCAUACACCUAGGGAUCACCACAGGACCCUGAGGCAAGAUGAUUCCAAAUAUAGAGAUUACAAUUAUGAAGAGAGAAUUCGACCUUCAACAAGAGAUCAUGCUGGUGCUGCUGGAGGGUCUGAGAAGACUUCAUCUCAAUCAGUUGAGAAGCUUGGUCAAAAGGAUGGUGGCCAAUUUGGAGAGCUUUCUUCUGAAAGGCGUCUCAAGUCUGAUAUUCGAUCUUCACCCUUGCAGCUAGCAGAUAAAUCUCCAACAUCAAGCAGUGACAGGAGACAGUUCAGCAGGCCUGAUGUCAGACGAAGUUUUGAUAUUGAAGAAUCAACACAGAGAAGUGGUGGUUCUCGAGAAUGGAAAAAGUACAAUGGUAAAGAUGUAAGGGGAACUCGAGAUGCCAUGGAAGUAUUUCCUGGAGAGGAAUUUUUACAAGGGGAUGCGGAUACUUUAUCUAUUUCUUCGCCUUUCACAAGAACUGGCCAUUUUUCCAGCAGUUCUAAGCCAAUGUUACCACCUCUCCUCUUUAGGACAGGUGUAGAUAGUCCUUUGGGGUCAGGCCCAGGUGAUGAUGAUGGUAGAGGUAAGUCCAACAUGUGUCAUAGGAGGGUUGGUGAUCCCAACAUGAGUAACAUGGGUAGAAUUCAAGGAAGUCCUUGGAGAGGUGUUCCGAGCUGGCCUUCUCCUGUGGCAAAUGGUUUCUUGCCUUUCCCACAUGGUCCGCCUCCUGUAGGUUUUCAUUCAGUUAUGCAGCCAUUUCCUGCCCCACCAAUGUUUGGAGUCAGGCCUUCGAUAGAGCUAAACCAUCCUGGUGCUUACCAUAUGUCUGAAGCUGAUAGGUUUUCUGGUCCUGGGCGUCCAAUGGGAUGGCGCAAUCAGGUGGAUGAUUCCUGCCAUCCAUUACAUGCUUGGGAUGCUAGUAAUGCCGUGUUUGGGGAUGAGUCUCACAUUUAUGGGAGAUCAGAUUGGGAUCAUUCAAGAAACUUACCUGGUACUCGAAGCUGGGAUGCCAGUGGAGAUUUUUGGAAGGGGCCCAAUAGAACUGGAAGCAUGGAGGUCCCAUCUACAGACAAAGAGAAUAACUCUGUUCGAAGUGGCGAUGAGGCUUUGGAAAGUCAAUCUACUCAUGCAGCUAUGAAUGAGCAAAACCAAGUUGAUCAGCAAGCAGAUAGCACCGAUGUUAGGCAGCAUAUAAAGAGCCCCAAAAAGAAUGAAACUGAGGGUAGUCUGGAGGAUACUGGUGAUAUUGAUAAAAUGUUGGGAAAGGAUGAUGCACGAUGGCAUGUUUACCUUUCCAAACUUGAUAUUUCUGCAGAUCUUUCUGAACCCAAUUUACUUGAUAAGUGCAAAGUCAUGAUUGGUAAUGAGCAUAGUAUAUCUUCUGAUGUAGGCGACUCUGAAAUUUUAUAUAUUGAGGAUUUGGAAGCCGAGGUGGUAUCUCACAGACUUCUGAAUUAUGUACUAUUUGGAUCUAAUGAUGAUUCUGUUUUCCAGAAAUCUAUGUCCCUCUACAAGAGGCAGAAAACAGAACAUUUUAAGGCUGAACAUGCUGAGAAAAUCAAAGUCUUGAGCGAUUUUGUUCUGGAUACCAAUCAGGAGAAAGUGAAUGUGGUAGAUGACAAAACAGAGGAGCUACCUCCAUCUGACAACAUGCAAGGUGUGGAGGAUGCUCUUCCAAACUCUGAUAUCCAGGAAGAUCCCAAAAAUGGUACGAAGAAUGAUGAAGGGCAUGCAGAAACCGACAUACCUGUUGGCGCUUUGAGUGAACAAAUGGAGGACUCUGUUUCUGCCUCAGAACCUACCAACUUAGAGGUGAAUUCAGUUCUUGAUCUGGGGCCAGAGGAGCAUGACGUGGAGAUGCCUUUGGCUGCUGAAGAUGUUGAAGGUUCGAGUGCUGCUCCACUACCAUCAUCAGAAAUGAAAGAUUUGGCUGCAGAAUCUGGUAGUAACAAUGGGGAAGUGAAUAUGGUAGAUACUACUACUAAGUGUGAUCCAUUGCUUAGUUCUGAUAUGUUCUCAGAGGCAUCUGAGGCUAUGAUGCCAGAGUCGGUCAAUGUGAGCCGGAUACAUCAUUCUCCUGAAAGUACACAUUGAGACGAUUUAUUUUUCUGAGGUUUUUGAAAUGACUUUGGUGGUAAUUUCUUAAUCUUCGUUUCAAUGUGGUUGCUGCUAGUUAAUCAAUAAAACUCUGGUUCGUCCA